UUUGGAUUUAUAUUUCCUCCACCAAUAUGUCUGCUGAGAACCAAUUCCAUUUCCAUGGUGAUAGAAUGAUCAACACAUUUCCUUUCUUUGGUGACGAGGAUGAUCAUGAGCAUAACAACCCUUCUACUCAUCAUAUGUACUCUUCUGAUCAUCCUCAUGAUGAACUUGUCCCCCCAUCAUCUUAUGUGAGCUUCACAGAGAGCUUGCAAGGGUCCAUCGACUAUCACGCUCUCUCGAAUGCUUUCGGCAUGUCCUGUUCUUCGCCCGAGGGUGUCCGCGGCGCUCCACCAGAUCAUCAAGAAUCUGUUAGGAAGAGUAGUAGUCUACUGUCUGGUUUAGAUCUGCCAGCAGGAGAAAACAGUAAUAUUCCGUUCACCGCCAAUUCAUCCGCCUCCUCCUCCUCUAGCGAGGCCGAGGGCGGAGGAGGAGGAGACGAAGAUUCCUCAAAGAGCAAGAAAGAUCUGCUCUCAACAGAUUGUGAAGAUGGAGAUCAUGACAAACCCACAAAACUAAACAAAGGGGCAUCGGCGAAGAAGAAAGGGGAAAAGAGGGCAAAGCAGCCCCGAUUCUCUUUCUUGACUAAAAGUGAAAUUGAUAAUCUUGAAGACGGCUAUAGAUGGAGGAAGUAUGGGCAAAAAGCCGUCAAGAACAGCCCCUUCCCCAGGAGUUAUUACAGGUGCACUAGCCAAAAGUGCACGGUGAAGAAACGGGUGGAGAGAUCAUACGAAGAUCCAACCAUCGUAGUGACGACGUACGAAGGGCAGCACAACCACCACUGCCCAGCAACACUGCGCGGGAACGCGGUGGCGCUGCUGUCGCCCGCUUCCUUCUUGGCCUCGUCUCCCGCCACCGCAAUGAUGCCUAAUUUCCCUCAGGACUUCCUAAUAAAUCCAAUGAUGGCGGGUGCCACCGCCCCGAAUUACGCCACUUCAUUGUACGGGUACCAGCAGCAGCAACAACAGCAGCAGAACGGCCUCAACAACAACUAUGAUCACAUGAUGAUGAUGUCCCAACAAGCUUCCCUUGAUCAGUACAAUUUGUUCCAGGACGUGGUUGCAUCUUCACUCGGCUUUAAACAUGACAAUCCUUAGAUUGAGAGAGGCGCAAAAUAUAUGCAUUGUUCGUUGAUUUAAUUUCGUAAGUAUAUGGGUGAUAUGAUGGGUUGUCAAAAGCUAGUAGAUCAAUUUGAUCACUUAUUGCAAUUCUUUUCGUAUUUUAGACCUAUAUAUGUUUUUCAAAUAUUGUUAAUUUAGUCGGGA